AGGUCACGUGAGUACAGAGAUGACGUAUGGAAGUAAAUAGAACCAAAAUAUCAACAAAGUGUCGUGACUGCCUUGCAAAAUAGUCUGAACUGCGCCAUCAAUUAAACAUCUGGAAAAUUCUUACAAAUGGCGAGUAUUUCGAAGCAAGAAGAAUUUCAGGAUUCCUGGGUGGACCUGGAAUCCAGUGGUCAGUCCACAGAAGCCAUGACCUCCAUCCACAAUGGGAACUCAGAGGUGGAGAAGCUGUUGAUUGAGGCUCAGAAGGAAUCUCGCAGUCCCUCACGAUCCAACAGCAAAGAAAGCUCAGCCAGAGGGAGCCCCAAGAGUCCACACAGUCCAAACAAUGAACUGCAGGAGCCCAGGGACCCGGGCACAGAGUGGAUCUGGGACUGGUCAAGUCGGCCAGAGGCCAAUCCUCCUAUAGAAUGGAAGGAGAGAUUUAAGCGACCAGUCACCAGUGUUAGGAACACUCGAGUUAUGAAGACCACCUUCUUCUCCUGGGAAAACUUGCCAUAUAUUGUAUGCAGUUCUACUAUAGCCUUUAUAAGUGGGGCUGCCAUGAUGUUUCUUAUAAUGAGAAGAUUGGGCAAUAACAAACUAUCCAUCUAGUCUUCAUCCAGAAUUCACAGUCUGCUGCUGAUAUGACCACAGACAGUCCUGUAACAGACACACAGACAAAGUGAAAACUUCUCACCAUUUUACAGUCAGAUUUGUUUGUUUCCCAGUUAGGGAGGAUUUUCUUGCAUAUGGUAGAUGUACAUAUGCAAGAUAUGUUUGAAUAAUUUUUCAUCUACUUUUUACAUUAAGUAUAACAAUAUUACAUGUACAAACUGGAGUUUAGUUAAUAAUAUGUAUAUUAAAGUUUGUGUGUGUGUGUAAAAUUCAUAGGCCAUUGUCAUUUUGAAACCCUGCAUUUGUUAAAAUUCUAAAAGCAAAAUGCUCUGAUUAAAAACUUUGAAUAAUGUGCAUUGUACCUUAGAUUAUUAUACAUCGGUCUAAUGUUAACAAAUUCCCGUCCAUAUUUUGUUGAAAGCCGAACAGUAUAUAUCUGUGCAUUUUCUUCUUUUGCAUUAUCAAUUUACGUAUACACUGUAUUAUGUUGAAUUCUGAAAAAAAAAAAAUAUGGGAAGCUGACCUACCUACAAAUAAAGUGAUGAUUUUAUUUUUCAAGCAUUUUAACCAAGAUCUUUCAAUAAGAAAAACCUCUUAAUGCAAAAAUUAUUUUAUUCAGAAUUAUUUUACUUUCUAUUAAAAUUCAACUACAAACCACAAGUUUAGAUAAAUUACCUUGGUUAGGCAAAAACGAUAAAGAAU